CAAAAGGGAUUUAAAGACCAGUGACUGACAACAAGAAAGCCUGUACUCUUUCAGGGGUAGAACGCCAUGACAUGAAUACCCUAAGCCUGCCCCUGAACAUACGCCGAGGCGGGUCAGACACCAACCUCAACUUUGAUGUUCCAGAUGGCAUCCUGGACUUCCACAAGGUCAAGCCCAAUGCGGACAGCCUGAAACAAAAAAUUCUAAAGGUAACGGAGCAGAUCAAAAUUGAGCAGACGUCCCGUGAUGGGAACGUUGCCGAAUACCUGAAACUAGUCGACAGCGCUGACAAGCAGCAGGCUGGCCGCAUCAAACAAGUCUUUGAGAAGAAGAAUCAGAAGUCGGCUCACUCCAUCGCCCAGCUGCAGAAGAAGUUAGAACAGUAUCACAAAAAGCUCAGGGAGAUCGAACAGAACGGAGCCUCCAGAAGCUCGAAGGACAUUUCCAAGGACAACCUGAAGGACAUCCAGCACUCUAUGAAAGAUGCCCACGCCAAGUCUCGAACUGCACCCCACAACUUGGAGAGCAGUAGAUCGGGCAUGCCAGGGGUCUCCUUCACCCCACCUGUAUUUGUCUUCAAUAAAUCCAAAGAGUUUGCCAACUUGAUCCGGAAUAAGUUCGGCAGCGCAGACAACAUCGCUCACUUAAAAAACUCCUUAGAGGAGUUUAGGCCCGAGACGAGUGCCAGGGCCUAUGGGGGCAGUGCGACCACUGUAAACAAAUCCAAGUAUGGCAGCGACGACGAGUGUUCGAGCGGCACGUCGGGCUCCGCCGACAGUAAUGGGAACCAGUCGUUCGGGGCCAGCGGAACGGGCACGCUGGACAGCCAGGGAAAGCUCACCAUGAUCCUAGAGGAACUGAGGGAGAUCAAGGACACCCAGGCACAGCUGGCCGAGGACAUCGAGGCGCUGAAGAUGCAGUUUAAGAGAGAAUAUGGUUUUAUUUCUCAGACCCUGCAAGAGGAGAGAUACAGGUACGAGCGACUGGAAGACCAGCUCCAUGACCUGACGGACCUACACCAGCACGAGACGGCCGACCUGAAGCAGGAGCUGGCCAGCAUCGAGGAGAAGGUGGCCUACCAGGCCUACGAGCGCUCGCGCGACAUCCAGGAAGCCUUGGAAUCGUGCCAGACGCGCAUUUCUAAGCUGGAGCUCCACCAGCAGGAGCAGCAGGCCCAGCAGACAGACACGGUGAACGCCCGCGUCCUGCUGGGGAAGUGCAUCAACGUGGUCCUGGCCUUCAUGACUGUCAUCCUGGUGUGCGUGUCCACCAUCGCCAAGUUCAUCUCGCCCAUGAUGAAGAGCCGCUUCCACAUCAUUGGCACCUUCUUUGCUGUGACUCUUCUUGCAAUAGUUUGUAAAAACUGGGACCAUAUUCUGUGUGCCAUAGAAAGGAUAAUAAUACCCAGAUGAAUUACUGGUUCCCGUCUUAAAGUUCCUUCAAGUUUUUAUUCUAAAGAGAACUCUGUGCGCCCUACCAAAUUUUAACAUGGACAUUGUGCCAACUGAAGAUUGCCAGGCCUGGGACUGUGCAUUGUAAAUAACUACAGCUCUCCUAACUUGCAGCAGUUGCCAGCUUGGUCCCUGUACCUGAUUAAUGUGAAUCUGUUUCUGAGCUCUCCCCAUGUUAUUGCCUUAAUCAGACCAGAUUUCCUGCCCCCUGACUCGCCCAGCACGGUAGACCUCUGGUUAUUGAGCACUUGGCAUAGUUACUGGCUCAGAAGAAAAGGGAAUUUCGGUGUCUCUCUCUCUCAAGUCUCUAUCAUAAUUGGGCUCACCGUUGUUAGUGGUCACGUUUUCCCUGAGUCCCGUAAGCAGCAAGGAUGUGGCACGACUCAGGGAAGGGAAGAAGUCAGGCGUUGGCCGUGUUGAACACUCACGGCCUGUGGAAGCCCAGGAAAUCCCCUGUAACCCAUCCCGAUGGGCCACAGUCAGCCGUAGGUCCCAUUUGUGCCCGUGUCCACAGUGCUCAAUUGUGUGGCUCGCCAUAACAUGGAAAUCUUACGACACACCUGUUUAUCCAUCCAAAGUCUGACUUGGUGGUUCUAUUACACUUUAAAUGCUAAGACAAGAGGAUGUGUGAAUGGGGCUUGUGCCUUAUGCCCAUGGAGCCGUACACCUGAUUUCAUCCUAACUGACUGUCUAAUGCCCAGCCUCCAAAGCUUGUAGAAAUGCUUGCAAAUCCCUCAGACUGUGGCUUUAACAUUAAUUUGGGGGCCUGUCAGCACUACUCAGGAGGCUUGUGAUUCAACAAACCUUAAUUGUGAUAAACCCCCUGUGAGGAUGUGAUUCACUUUAUUCGCGAGUCUGUGAGGGGUCCGAAGCUUACUCAGUAAAUGAAAACACGAUGCUCCUGUUGCAGGGCUUUUCUUUAAGGAGGAAAACUGAUCAUGGUUUAUAAAGCUCAAGCACACUCAGGUAGGAAUACUGGAAGAAGGAGGAAAAUAGGACAUGUGGUCUAACUGGGUGGCAGCUAGGCCAAUGGGGGCAGGUCACCUGAAUGCAGGCCAAGUGGGUCCUCUUAGGAUGCUGGAAGACCAGCAAGAAUGAGAUAAAUUAGGUGCAGUGUCUGAGCCAAGGGUGUCAUCUGUCUCCCGGCAUCUCACUGAAAAUAAGUCCUAGGAUAACAGAGUGGCCACGUGUCCCCUGAGACAGCAGCAUUCAAAAAUCGGCCUCUUUGGGGGAUGCCAGUCACUACCUUCAGCCCAGCGAUACUAUCCUUAAAUCUGUUCCUCUGUGUCCAUAAAAGGAAGGCGUAGAAUUUUGUGGAACCUGCUGGGUCCCCCCUCCUCCCACCACCACUCUGUUAUCUGAAGACUAAAGGUGCAUGUUAGUGUACAUUUUCUUCCAGAAAACUUCAAACUGCCUGGAUUUAAAUUAAGUGCAAUAUUUUGCAAACAGCUGCUUUUAGGGAAAUCCUUGAAGAAAAUGUGACAGUGCCAUGGUUUGAGAGGAUGCAGUAGUCGAGCGUUUGGCACAAGCCGUGUGUGUGUGAGCUCCUACAACUCAGCCUUUUGUUUUAAGUUUACAAUUCAGUGGUUUUAAUCAGUUCACAAACUCAUACAACUAUCACCAUUAUCUAAUUCCAAACUCGAACUUUUUAAAACAAUAAACAUGAUUUCAUGACAUUGUUGGCUAGAAAGUAUCUUGGAUUCAGGGAAGGGAGCUUCUGGGCCCACCCCCAUCUCAUGGCCAUCUCCUUUCACCGUCAGAGUCUCCCUGGGUCUCCCACGUUGGCUGUUAAUACACUGUGAUCCAUCAAAUCCAGGGGACAGAAACCAGUUCCAGAUCCAGGGAAGGGAGGGAGAGGAAUGGUGUGCUUGCUUUUGCUUAUAUGUUUUAAAGGCCAGCAUUCCCCUGUGUCUGUGGGCAUCAGUCUCCAUGGGGCUGAGGGCUGGGGUAACUUAAUACCCUUGCAUCAAGCUGGGUCCUGGGUGGGCUCCUCUUGAAGUCUGUGAAUCUUUCUGAGGCACUUUGGACGUGCCAGGGGCUGGGGUGGGUGUAGAUGCUGCUGUUAGUUUAGCAGAAUGGGUGUGAGCUCCACCCUUGAGAUAAGGGCUCUUGGAGGGCCUAGGAAGACACCAGCCUCCUGCCACCACACUCCACUCUGUGGCUUGGCCCAGCAAGUUUGCCGUGACACUCCCCAGACUUUGCACCUGCGCGUCCCUCCCAGUGAGAAAAGUGAAGAAGUGGGAGGCAGCGCCCUCCCACCCCUCCACUCUGGAGCAGUUAACGAGCUGCUGGAAACCGGCCCUCGUCUGAGAUAGUGUGUCAUUGAAAUGAUCACACCGCAUCAUAAAUUCUUUUUACAGAAUUCAUAUUUUCAGAGAUUCUCAGACAUCGGAUAAGCUUGUUUUCACUUAGAUAUGCUCAGUGUACAUGGCGUAUUUAUUUUAGAGUCUUGGUGAAAAUUCAUGAAGCUUUCUAAUAAGAUGACUCAGUCUCUAGUUUAUUAUUUUCUUAAGAAUAAACCCUCCCACUGCUUGUUUUCUGCACUGCAUAAGGAAAUUAAAUGAAAUUUUAUAAGUAUACAAUGAAAAGUAGUGAUCAAGCUAUAGCGUAUCCUGGGAUUGGAUACUUAAUUUACACUUAAGUGAGCUGGUCCCUUUUCCCACCUUGCGCUGGUGGCAAACGUCUCGUGUGUACCUGCUAAGUGUGAGCGCCAGCAGUGACAUGGGCGAGCCCCUCAUUCAGCGAACUGAUUGAUUUUAGAUGCCGACAUUGGGCGCUAGCACUGGGGGCUUUGUGACAUUAUUUUCAUGAUCACCAGGAUAACGAUAGCUGGGGACAAAACACAAACCUAGAACUACUCCCUUGUGGGUUUUGCAUCGGCUAUUACAGCUUGUAUUUCAAGUAUGAUUAAGCCAGGACAAAGCACCCUCCCCACAAAAAGUAAAUAAAUAAAUUCAAACCCGCAGUGAAUAAAAGUACUCCGUUGCUGGUUUGGGGCAGUGACGGUUUCUAGCGUGUACCGUUAGUGGUUUUACUCACAUGCUCGCUGUAGACGGAAAUCUGAAGCGCCUCCUCUUCAUCCCAGCCCGUCGUGCUGUGGUCCCUCCUGCCACUCGGUGUCCGUGUGUCCGUGUGAUUGUAGCCCCUCUCCUGCUUUGGAAUUGUUUUCACUGAAAUUUUGCCCCACGGUGUGUGCUCCUGAGCCAGACCAGUCCUCUAGCGGGUCAGGUUUAAUUAUGGGGCCAGUAAUGGGGUGGGCACUAGCUUCCCUCGGGCAACUAAUGACUUUGUCCUUUUUGUUUGAAUUUUAAAUACCAAAUUUUUUUGCAUUAAAUGGGAACAUUUUUUUUGGUAUUGAAUCCAAAUAUAGUUGUAGUGGUUUGGAAAAACAUUUAAUUAUACUUAUUACUGGGGACAUGUGUUAUUAAAUAACCUAUUUUUCAUAUUUCUAUAAUUCUGAGGAACUGGUGGUAGGACAGAGUGGCAUUAUUUAAAAUUCAGGGCUUUACCUGGAGAGAGGUAUUUCAAGAAGUUUAACGCAUGUAAGGAAACAGGUGGUCUAAAAAAAUAAGUCAUUGAAAACAAUGAGAUAGGCCUGUUUACAUUACAUCAGAAGUAGUUAAGAAGCUAAAAAAAAAUAAAGAUAUAGUUAAUAAGAGUUUGGUAACCCAUAAGAUAUAAAGAAGAAUUAACCUAUAACUUUCUAAAGUCAGUACAAUUCCUCUGUUUAUAAAAAGCUGGAAAGCAGUGUACCUGAAUUGUUUUAGGAAUGAUUUAUGUGUUGCAAUUUUAAUUUAUGUAUUUAAAGCAUGUCUCACUGUGCUUGUCCUAAGAGAAACGUUUCAACAAAACAUGCUCCGUGUUUGCGAUGUGUUUAGGUGGUAGUCAGUGGCUCUGAAAGUAAAAACUGGAAAUGUUUCUUGUGAGAUUGACUGCAUAAUUUCCAUUUUGUAGGAUACUACACUGUUUCAUGUCAGUCUAAAAUUGUAAAUUCCCUGUAGAUCUUCAUCCCAUUCAAAGCAGGUGCCAUUAUUUUUUUAAGUAGACACUUGAUGUUAGCUUUGAAGUUAAAUAAAGAGCUAGAUUUCUUAAAUUUUCA